AUGGCGGAGCAAUCAAUGGUUGUGGAAUCUGAAGUGGGGAGCAUUUGCACUGGCUCAUUUUAUACAGCAUCCGGUGCUGGUGGCACAGAAGAAAAUGGUAGUUGCUCCCUUGGAUUAUCUGGUAUUUCAGGCACUAAAGGUACUGGUGGAGAAAAUACAGGGACUAAAGGUGUUGGUGGUGAUCCUAUAAAUGGUGGAAAUGGUGGAAAAUCUUCCCCUGGUGGUGGUGGUGAUAAUAUCGGUAGAAAAGGUGUUGGUGUGAGCUCGUCAGCUGGUGGUAAAUCUUGUUGUGGUGGUGGAUUAAAUAAGUACUUGGUGGGGAAAAUAUUGGGGAUGGUGUCAACUCAUUAUCUGGUGAUGGGAUAUCUGGUUCUGUUUGGUGGGUCAAAUAUUGGAACUAAUGGUGGUGUUGGUGUAAACUCGUCAUCUGGUGGUAUGUCUAGUUGGUCUGUUGGUGGAUCAAAUAUUGGGACUAGUGGUGGUGGAGGUGUGAAUUCAGGUGGAGGUAAUAGCCAUGGAUUUAUUGGCGAUGGUGUCACUUCAGGUGGUGUUGGUAAAGGGACCAGGGGAGGUGGUGGGAAUUCUAAUGGUACUGGAGGAGGAGAGGGUGGUGGUGAUGGAGGGGGAGGGGGAGGUGGCGGUGACAGGGGCGGUGGGGAUGUAGCAACUGGUUGUGGUGAUGGUACUAAAGGAGGUUGCACAGCUGGUGGUGGGGAAGAGAGCGGUGGUGACAAUAGUGGCGGUGACGAGGGUGGUGGGGAUGUAGCAACUGGUGGUGGUGAUGCAUGGGACUACGGCAGGUGGUGA